AUGGGACCAACGAUGAUUCAUUAUGGAAAUAAAUCGGAAUGUUAUGAACAAUUGUUAAAUUAUAUUAAAGAACAAAUGAAUGGUCAAUAUCCGCUUAUAAUUGGGAGUGACACGGCAUCAGAAAUAACAAAAGCUGUGUUCGAUUUGAAUAUGAUAGUAGAAUCUGGUCAACUACCUAUCCGGCAACCAACGACUGAUUUUAAUAUUACAGAUACUGCAGGACGAAAACCUGGGAAGAAAAGUAUUCGUGGGACAACAACAACCAUAAGAUCAUCAAGAAAUAAAAAAAAAGUGCUUUAA